AUGAAUCCUGAGUUGGUAAAGGAUGCCGCUGAGCAAAUUGAGUUGCUUAAAGCAAGGCCGAAAGAGGCUCAUGACCGUCAGAAGAGUUAUGCUGAUGUUCGCCGGAAGGAUUUGUCCUUUGAGAUAGGAGAUGAAGUGUACCUGAAGUUGAGAGCCUUUAGAGGAAAUGAUAGGCAUCGAAAAUUGAAGAAGCUUAAGCCGAGGUAUAUGGGUCCAUACCCUGUAGUCGAGAGGAUUGGAGAAGUAGCAUAUCGACUCCAGUUGCCUCAGGAGUUGUCUAAACUUCAUGAUGUGUUCCACAUUUCGCUACUCAGGAAAGUAGUAAGGGAACCCGAGUUUAUUUUGUCAGCCUCGCUAGCUGAUCUGGAAGGAAAUCUGUCAGUUCUGAGUAAGCUGUCUGAAAUUUUGGAAUUUAGAGAGAGUAAGGUUGAUGGUAAGAAGACCAAGUUGGUGAAGGUCAAAUGGGAAAGGGAUGACAUUCGCGAGGAAAUGUGGGAGCCAGAAGAGCUCUGCGAAAGGAUACCCUGA